AUGGCCAAGCGAGUUGCAAUAAUUGGGGCUGGUGUGAGUGGCCUCUCCUCCAUCAAAUGCUGCUUGGAUGAAGACCUGGAGCCCACCUGCUUUGAGAGGAGUAAUGACAUCGGGGGACUGUGGAAAUUUACUGAAACAUCUAAUGAUGGGAUGACCAGGGUCUACAGGUCAUUAGUGACAAAUGUCUGCAAGGAAAUGUCAUGUUACAGUGACUUCCCCUUCCAUGAAGAUUAUCCCAAUUUCAUGAAUCAAGCAAAAUUUUGGAACUAUCUCCAAGAAUUUGCUGAGCAUUUUGACCUUCUGAAAUAUAUUCAGUUUAAGACCACUGUAUGCAGUGUAACAAAACGUCCAGACUUCUGUGUAAGUGGCCAGUGGGAUGUCAUCACAGAGACAGAAGGCAAGCAGGACAGAGCUGUCUUUGAUGCUGUCAUGGUUUGCACUGGACAUUUCCUGAAUCCUCGUUUACCUUUGGAGUCCUUUCCUGGAAUCCAUAAAUUUGAAGGCCAGAUCCUACACAGUCAAGAGUACAAGAUCCCAGAAGGCUUUCAGGGCAAACGUGUCUUAGUAAUCGGUCUUGGCAACACUGGAGGGGACAUUGCAGUGGAGCUCAGCCGAACGGCAUCUAAGGUACUUCUCAGUACUAGAACUGGUACCUGGGUUACUGGCCGAUCUUCAGGUGGGGGCUACCCUCUUAAUAUGAUGUUUACAAGAAGAUGCUACAAUUUUGUUGAACAAGUUCUACCUUCAUGUGUACUAACCUGGAUUCAAGAGAGGCAGAUGAAUAAAAGAUUAAACCAUGAGAAUUAUGGAUUAAGUAUUAUAAAGGGGAAAAAAUCAAAAGUAAUUGUGAAUGAUGAACUACCAACCUGUAUCCUCUGUGGGGCAGUCACUAUGAAAACCAGUGUGAAAGAGUUUACAGAAACCUCAGCUGUCUUUGAAGAUGGGACAACAGAAGAAAAUAUAGACAUUGUGAUCUUCACAACAGGAUAUACAUUUUCCUUUCCCUUUCUUGAAGAACCUCUAAAAAGCCUCUGUACAAAGAAGAUAUUCCUAUACAAGCAAGUCUUUCCCUCAAAUCUAGAAAAGCCAACAUUAGCUAUCAUUGGCCUCAUCAGCCUUAAAGGAUCUAUCUUAUCUUGCACAGAACUCCAAGCACGGUGGGCCACAAGAGUGUUCAAAGGACUCUGUGAGCUCCCUCCAUCCCAAAAAUUGAUGGCUGAUGCUACUAAAAAGGAGCAGCUCAUAAAAAGAGGUAUGAUUAAAGAUACCAGCGAAGACAAACUCAACUACAUCCGCUACAUGGAUGACCUCGCUACAUGCAUAGGCACAAAGCCCAAUGUUCCACUUCUGUUCCUCAAGGAUCCCAGACUAGCUUGGGAAGUUUUCUUUGGACCAUGUACUCCUUACCAGUACCGUCUAAUGGGUCCUGGAAAAUGGAAUGGAGCCAGAAACGCCAUCCUGACUCAGUGGGACAGGACACUGAAGCCCUUAAAAACACGAAUUGUUCAUGAUUCCUCCAAGCCUGCCUCCAUGUCACAUCAUAUAAAAGUUUGGGGGGCACCUGUCCUACUUACCUCUCUUCUACUUCUCUGUAAAUCUUCACUUUGUUUUAACUUAUGGGAUAAACUGCAGGGUAGAAUUUCCCCUUACCUAAUAAGUAUUUGGUAA